GGAGGGAGGGUACAAAAAUAUUUGUUUUACAACAGAUGCUGUUCAGAGAGCUGCAGCUGUCCAAGGAUGGAGAUCCAAUACAGAGCUCAGCUCUGUUUCCCACAUCUCCUCAAUGGCUCCUGCAGGAAGCCCACACUUCACUGGUCUGAAGCUGUUCUCCUGAACACUGUGCAGCUCCACACACCUACUAACAUCCUCCUCCUCUCUCUGGCUGUGUCAGACUUUCUUGUUGGUCUCCUGCUGAUGCCUUUAGAGAUCUACCGAAAAACAUCUUGUUGGUUUUUUGGAGACAUCAUAUGUGUUUUUUUUAUUUUCCUGAGUGGUCACAUAGUAUCUGCUUCAAUUGGGAAUAUUGUUCUCAUUUCAGUUGAUCGCUAUAUUGCCAUUUGUGACCCUCUGCAUUACCCCAACAGAAUUUCUACAGCAAAAGCGAAAUGUUGUGUGUGUCUGUGUUGGCUGUGGUAUGCUUUCUAUAGCAUAUUCCUUUUGAAGGAUCAGCUGAUACAACCACAAAGAAUGAAUUCCUGUGCUGGUGAAUGCUCAGUUAUCAUUCAAUAUGUAGUUGUAACUAUUGAUCUAAUUUUGAACUUUGCAUUUCCAGUUACCAUUAUCAUAGUCCUCUAUACGAGAGUGUUUGUGGUGGCUCUGUCUCACGCUCGUGCAAUGCGCUCUCACAUUGCAUCUGUCACACUCCAACGUUCAUUGAAUGUCAUAACAAAAUCGGAUUUGAAAGCAGCCAGGACUCUUGGUAUUCUCAUUGUUGUAUAUCUUGUAUGUUUCUGCCCAUAUGUUUUUUACUCUCACAAUGAGGUUAAUAUUACCAGUACAUAUGGCAGUUUUGUUUUCUUUUUGUUAUAUUUUAAUUCUUGUCUUAAUCCAUUAAUUUACACCCUGUUUUACCCCUGGUUCCGUAAAGCUAUCAGACAUAUUGUUACUCUACAGAUACUACAGCCUGGCUCUUGUGAGGUAACACUGUAGUGUAGUCUGAGAUUUCUUCAGUCCAAAAAGAUUGGAAAGACACCUGCUUUUUACUGUAGUCAAUACAUAUUUGUUUAAGAUUUUUAUUUUGGAAUAAGCUUCAUCAAAGUAAUACAGAUUUACUUUAGGAAUGUACUUUAGUUUCUGUAUUAAAUAUUUCUCUUUAGUUUGUCAGUACAUUUUGAACACUCAGAAUCUUAAAAAAGUUAAAACUUCUUGUAAAUAUGGAAUAACUUAUUUAGCACAGAUUCAUUUUCUUAAUCUAAAAGAAUUACUGGUGGAAAAAAACAGUUGUUUUUAAAAAAGUACCCUUGAAUAUUUUAUAUCGGCAUUAUGAUCCAGUGUUCCAAUGUUUGCGUGAUGAAAGCCUUUUUGCAACUAUAAACUGAUGAUGUGCAUAAUCCAUAUACACACUAUGUAUAAUUUAGAAAAAGAAUGGAAAUGACAAUGUGAUUUAAAUCAACUUAAAGUUGCUUAUUGUUUUUAUUUUAAGCCGGUCUCUGCCUAUGCCCAUUGUACAAUUACUUUAACAGAAUCAACUUGCUAAACUGGACCGGCAUUAGCAAGUGUAGCAAACAAAUGUAAACUUUAAUGCUAUAAACCAGUGUGAGAACUGUAAUCACUCCAAAAAAAAAAAAAAAAAA